AAGGGCACGCCUGCUUUUACGUGUGGUUUAUUUUGAACAGGAAGUUGCCAUAGUGCUGCUUGUCAAUUUCACACUUUUUUGUCACUGCAGAGACCGGCUGGAAAGUGCAUGUCACAAAACCUAUUUGGCGACUAUAAGCACCACACUUUUAUUAUUAUUAUUAUUAUUAUUAUUAUUAUUAUUAUUAUUAUUAUUAUUAUUAUUUUCUAACCGUUUAUUUUGGAUGAGACAACUUCUAAUGUACCACCGUACACAAUCUGGAUUGGAUUUCUUUGAAUGAAACACACUGCUUGAUACAUUUUGAAAAGAAUAUCCUGUUUUUUUUAUUAACCUGGCUGCAUAAAAAAUAAUAAUUAUACACCAGAACAGAUGACCUCCGUUUACACCGAAAAGGACCCUGACACCUUAGGGAUUAGCGAGGAUCUGAACCAUGGGAGCUGUCAAGAUGAGGAGCUAGAUUUCUCAAUUCUAUUUGAAUAUCCGCUCUGCGAUGAUUAUCAGACUUCUGCGCAAGAAGAACUAGAUAUAGCUCACAAAGUCCUCAACCCAUCUGGAGUCCCAUACACACAUGGGGAGGUGUCCCAUUAUGGCCCAAAAUCAUGCAACUCGUCCACCUAUGCAGAGCCCCCAGAUGGCAUCAGUGGAUAUUUGGGCGACAGAUACUACCUGGAUCCCGCCAGACAAGCAGGUCCCUCUGCCGUGAGCCCACGAAUUGAGAUCACCCCUUCCCAUGAACUGAUUCACUCGUACGGCAGAGAGCUCAAUCUGGGGCACCCCAUGAAUCCAGCUAACACCAGCCCCCGGUCGACACUGCCAGUGCCUGGCUACGAAAGCGCCUAUCGGGAACCAUCCUGCCUCAGUCCAGCUAGCAGCAACUCCUCCACUAGCUGGCAUUCCGACACUUAUUCUCCCUAUUCUCCCUGGGGCUCGCCCUGUGUGUCUCCUAACAAUGGCCAAGCGGAUGACUUGUGCCCACGGUUCCAGCACAUCCAGACCCUCACAUCCCCCAGGACCUCCCCCGGCACUUCUCCCAGGACAAGUGUCACAGAGGAGAGCUGCUUGGGUUUAAACUCCUCUUCCCCACGCCCCAACUCCCGGUCCACAUCUCCAGUGGGGAAAAGGACCUAUGAUGAGCAUACCAAUCAGAACACGCCGGUCGCCAAACACCGUUCCAGAAGCCCUUCUCCCCAGAGGUUCAGAGAUGAUAGCACCCCCAAUGCUUUCAACCUUCAUCAGUCUCCCUACUCAUCUAGCCUCGCUGACGCCAUGAAUAGCCUCAACACCGGCUCUUCCUGCAGCAUUCCGACCAAGAUUGUCAAAACCAACCCGUCGUAUCCGCUGUACACAUCUGUGGAGCUACAGCAGGAGAACUACCUGGGCUCUGGCGAGCAGGAUGUGAAGAGGAAACCUGGAUCGGAGCAAGUCUUUCUCGUGCCUCCAAACUGGACUAAACAGCUGGUGCCUGGGAUACCAUUUUACAGUAUACCAGUUGCCUCUCUUCCUUCCCUUGAGUGGCCUGUGCCAAGCCAAGUGGACCAGUACCAUCUUCAAAUUGAGGUUCAGCCCAAACCUCACCAUCGAGCUCACUACGAAACCGAAGGAAGCCGAGGGGCAGUGAAAGCUCCCACAGGAGGGCAUCCGGUCAUACAGCUCCAUGGCUACAGGGGGAAGGAGCCGCUGGGCCUGCACAUCUUCAUCGGCACGGCAGACGAGCGAAUCCUCAAACCCCACGCUUUCUACCAGGUCCACCGCAUCACCGGCAAAACUGUCACCACCACCAGCUACGAGAAGAUCAUCGGGAGCUCCAAGGUCCUGGAGAUCCCACUGGAGCCCAAAAACAACAUGAAAGCCAUUAUUGACUGUGCUGGAAUCCUGAAGCUAAGGAAUGCUGAUAUUGAGCUCAGGAAAGGGGAGACUGAUAUUGGGAGGAAGAACACCAGAGUGCGCAUGGUAUUCCGGGUUCAUAUACCACAACCUGGAGGCGGGGUGGUGUCACUGCAGGUUGCAUCCACUCCCAUUGAGUGCUCUCAGAGAUCAGCCCACGAGCUUCCAAUGGUGGAGAAGCAGGAUGUGGAAUGCUGCUCCGUGCUGGGGGGGCAGCAGAUGAUCCUGACCGGCCAGAACUUCACUUCCGACUCCAAGGUGGUGUUCACAGAGAAGACACAUGAUGGGCAGCAGAUUUGGGAAUCAGAGGCCAGUGUGGACAAAGAUAAGAGUCAGGCUAACAUGCUGUUUGUGGAAGUUCCUCCAUAUCGUGACCUGUCAAUGCGCCAUGCAGUCAAAGUGAACUUCUACGUGAUCAAUGGGAAGAGAAAACGAAGCCAGCCUCAGCACUUCACCUUCAUGCCACUGCCAGUUCCAGCCAUUAAAACAGAACCUAUUGACGAGUACGAACCCAACCUGAUGACAGCUAAAAUGUCCCGCAGUCUGGGAACACUGCCGCAGCCCUAUUACCACCCCCAGGGAAUGAUGACCUCAGACAGCUGCCUGAUAGCCAGCAUGGCUUCAUGUCAGCCGCUCCGCUCUGGGCUGUCUCCCCCAGAUUCCAGAUACCAGCAGCAAACUUCAGCAGUCAUCUAUCCCCGGAGCAAAAGCCUGAGCACCAGCCCACUGCUCUACCAGCAGGGCAGCCUGAUGGCUUCCCCAGUCCCUCCCAUGGCAGACGGCCAGCGCUCAGUUCUGGUCCACGCCAGCUCUCCAGCGCAGUCCACCAUAAUCCACCAGCAGCAGUCAACCUCGCCCAAUCACCACCCCACCUCCAUCAUCCAGUUCUCCCCCACCAAUCACCAGCUGAGGGGAGGGGGCCUACAGGAGCACCAACGCAUCAUGUAUUGUGAAAACUACCAGACAUCUCCUGCUUGCUCGCCAGCUCCGUCUGCCAGCCAGGCUCAGAGGAUAAGCCCCAGUCACUACCCAACAGUGAUUCAGCAGCAGCCCUAUGUGCAGAAGAUGCCAAAAAACAGGUCUUCCCCCAGCCAACUAGAAGAACAGAGGUCUUCUGACAAUCCAAAGGAUAGGUCCGGGGCUUUGAGAGUCACCGUCAAAGAGGAGAACUUGGACCAGUUGUAUCUGGAUGACGUCAAUGAAAUCAUACGGAAGGAUCUGACUGCAGUCCAGGGCAGGGGCCAAACCUAGAUGCUGGAUCUGUGAAGAAGUUCUUCUCUAAGUGCUUUUCCACACCUACCCCAGGACCCCCCCCCCCCCCCCCCCCCUGCGCCGAGGCAGCACCCCAGCUUCCCUCUGCCGCCACACUUUGGAUUCACAACGUUCCUUACAGCAUUCCCAGUGCUGGGCCUGAGCACUUCACUGUUAGGAAGAACUGUCCUCUGUACCGCAGGAGAUGUGUCACACCUUUGCAUACAUAUACAUGAUGGACGAAGACCAAAAUCUCUACAGAAUAGGUUAUAGUAACAGAUUGUGUUAACUAAAAUAUAUUUUCAUAGAUUCAUGGAUAUCAAACUGUAUUUAUUUCAACAGACUUUAAAUAGCUAUUUAUUCAUUAGCCUGGUAGAUUUAUAUAUAUAUACCUUUAACCCAAAACGAAUUAAUUCUAUAUGACCGCUUAUUGUUAAGAGUCACCUCUAUGAGCAAGUGUGCACUACUCCUUGAAUUAAUGUUCCAAACAGAAUCUGAUAUGAAUUAGAGUUGAAAACAAACUGCAUUUAAAUUACAGACACUUAUUAUGAAAUCUGCUAAAUACAGGUAUUUUCAUCACUGGUCUUUGUCCAUCAUCUGUACUGGUACACAAAAGCUUUUUGCCACUUGAAGCUGUUAUUGUUUUUCCAUUUAAUGCUGCCUUGUUCUCGAUCAUUUACACAAUGAUAUCAGUCCCUUUGUGUUUAAGCUACUUGUGAUUCAGAGCCAGGAUAAUGACCCACAGUGUGGCACCAUGACUUGGAGGUCCAGCUAGUGGUGUCAGGCCUUUCCCCAAAAGGGUACUUAUCAAGGCCAGCUGGGCCCGGGCCUGGUGUCUGGACGUCACCCAGGCCAAGCUUCCCAUCGUCCUGUCUCUUGAAUUUACCUUUAGAGUUAGCCCUGUGGGGACUGAAUAAUAUGCUUAGCAGUUGGUGAAGAAAUGCUGGUGGUUUUCAGUGGUUAGAAUGAAUAACAAGAGGCCUCUUGUUUGGUUUGUUUAGGAGUCAUGCAGCUACUGCAUUCAAAGAGCUUUAGGUUUGUUAGCUGAAGCAGACUAUUAUGUAAAUAGAACAGAAAGCAAAUGUUAUGAUAAUGCGAAAAAUGACUUGCACUUGGCAACAAAAAAAAAGUGUGUACUGGAUGUUUUUUAAUGCUUUCUCUGUAGAAUUUAAAUAGCAAUUACAGUACAUGGCCAGCGGAUUACCAGCAAAGCUAAAUGUCUGGAUGCAUUUCAGUUCAUUAAGAAUUGUUUUUCUUCUCGGAGAAGGUAAUAUAUACAAACGCUAUAAAAUAGAGUAUCUUCUUAAAGAAUUAUUUGCUUUGCUGUACUUAAAAAAAACAUUUUAAUAAAGUCAGAUUUGUUUUUUAUAUUGUUGGUAUACAUGCAAAAGAUGCAUUCAACAACUCAUCCCCACACACACACCCAGUACAGUAGCUUUGAGAUACACAGUAUAGUUAUUGUUUCAACUUUAUUUCAUAUGGGUUUCCGAAUAUUGCCAUUUCAUUAAAAUAAAACAGCUGGCACAUUACAGUCGUGGCAGUAUUCCAAUGACAUACAAAAUGGGUAUUAUAUUGCCACUAAUUAUAAUGUCUUACCAAUAAAAUAUGCAAUAACGUUUCCCAACCACGUACACACACAUCACGAAACGUGGCUUGGAAACUCAUGAAUAUUUUAGUUAUUGGUGUUUCUUUUUACUACAAUAACAGUCCUAUUUUGUACUUAUUUUAUUGUAAGAAUCUUGACUUUUUUAAAGUGACUGUUUUAGAUAUUUUUGCCCCUGCUAAUAAAACAACAGGAGAUUGCGCCAGCUUUGUGUGGCAACUGUGGAAACGAAACCAUAAUUUAGCAGCUUCGUGACAAGCAAUAUAUCAUUAAAACGCUCUUUUUGAAUAAAUUUAACAUGUUAAGGCAUUGAAUGUAGCGCUUUAAAUUAUAGCUUACAUAAUAUGUUUUAAGCGCUAUGAUUUUUUAAAUGGCUUUGUGUAAUUAUAUUGUGUUAGGAAAGAAAAUCCAAAGAUUCUAACAGGGUCCCUUCACCACGGUUUUCUAGAGACUUGUUUAUAUAUAUAUAUAUAUAUAUAUAUAUAUAUAUAUAUAUAUAUAUAUAUAUAUAUAUAUAUAUUCGCUAAUGGUGUACAGUAUUUGUUCUGCAGAGUGCAACCCUUACUGUGCCUGCUUUUAACAGAAUAUAUCACAUAUGUGUGCUAUACACAGAUAGACUGAACUGGAUAGCAGUUAAAGUGCAUUAAAUUAAACAAUUUAAAAAUAGAUUUUUUGUUUUUAACCCAAUCUUCCUAAAAUCCUGAUUAAUCGUGUUUCUUAAAGUUAUGUAACCAAAAAAAAAUAAAAAAAUCUGAACCCAUUUUUUGCCAGGACACUUUUGAAAAUGAGAUCUCCACAGUCCUAGGAAACUCAAUAAAUAUAUAACGUGUAGAAAAAUGUCCAAAUACCAAAGUGCGUGCAGUAAUCAUAUCUAUUACUGACAGUGACAAUGCAGAAUGGAGGGGGGGAGCUUCAAUAUUUAAAAAGAAGAUGAUGUAUUCUAGUGAAAAGUGCUGUCUAUGUGUGAAGUACUCCUCGCUUCAUUUGGGCAGAAGCCAUACUUGCACUUGAGGAAACAAUGUCCUUCCUCACAAAUCUAAAUAUUUUGCUCAGUGCUUUCCUGCCAUUGUACCAAAGAUCCCCAAAUCCAUCGCCGGACAGGCUUCGUGUUGAAUUUUUCCAUCAGCAUCCAAAGAAAAUAAAAAAGUCAUAUCAUUCACAGCCAAGUGUCAUAGUCUGGAAAGCAGCUACCCAUAGCGAUCCUGUAAUGUGAGAAACAGACAUGUUCUUUCAGAUCAUCAUUUUAUUUUUCUGCUUUUCAAACUGGCCGGCCAUUGGGUUUGAGCCUGGCAGGUAUUUUAGUAUUGGCAUUGGAGGCUUUUAAAACAGCCAAAAUUAGUUUGAUAUUUAAAUAGGUGGGAGUAGAAAUUAAUUUCACAUUUCCAAAUGUGUAAACUCAUUCACAGUAUUAAGUUUGCUGAUUAGCAGAAUGUUAGCUAAAGUUCAGAAUUUGGAGUCCUUCAUUAAUGUUUUUUUUUUUUUUUUUUCAAAUAGUUUAACGAGGUGUUAAUUGUACUAAAAAACUUUAUAUCAAAAUGUCAAAAAUGAAAUUAUUAGGCAGAAAGGUAAAUUAGUAUAUUUUCCUGUCUGGCGGCAUGAUAAAAAUACACAGUGACAUUCAGAUCUUCAAAAUAAAAGGGAAAUGGUUUACUCUAGAGCAGAGCACUGUGUGUUUGUAUCUGUGAUGUAUGUACCAGAUAAUAUUCUAUAGAAGCAAUAGGUUCUCUGAAUGUAUCUAUAUUUUCCAUUGUAAAUAUGUUUGCAGCUUCACUUUGUACAAAAAGUUCUCAAACGACCUAUUUGAAAAGCAUGUUAUUAAAAGUAUAGAAAAGUUAUAUUUUUUACAAACUGCAUCAGUUGUUUAAAGCAAUUUGUCUGCCCUCUUCCUGGCCACUUUAAUGUCAUUCUGUAUUGCUAUAUAAUAUAUAUAUAUAUAUAUAUAUAUAUAUAUAUAUAUAUAUAUAUAUAUAUAUAUAUAUAUAUUACUAGUUUAUCUACUGCUGCAGUCUUAAUAAGAGGGAUCUGGCACACAGAUUUACGUUGUUGUCGUUAUUGUUUUUAUACAAAAUUAAAAAAUAAGCAUUUUAAUAAUAUCUUCAGGAGGUUGAAAUAUAAGCCAUGUUUUUUUAGUUUUUUGUUUUUUGCAUUUUGCUGUGCAAACUACAGCUUCUGCUAAUUUUGGAAUGCAUUUAUCUCUGUAAUACAAGUUUUUAUUUUUAUUUUUAAAACCUUGUAUCUAUAUCAUUUAGCAAUAAAAGAAAAAAAAUGCA